AUGAAAUUUUUAUUUUUGAUAGUUUGUCUUUUGUUUUGUGAAGAUUUAGAAGUUUUACUAAGAAAAAGACUUGCAGAGGAAAAGUUUGAACCAGUAAGUAAUGAUUUUUUUCAAAAUAAUUAUAACAUUCUUUUUAUAAUUAGUUUUAAAAAUAAGAAACUUUAUUGUACAAGAGAUACGAUUAAAUAUGGUAAACUUGAAUGCAUAUUGAGCUCAGAACACGGGAAUUAUAAUGGCUAUAAUUCUUUAUCACGCAAAAAAAAUAACGCUAUAAAAGAAUUUAUUUUUUAUGAAAAUUAUACUAAAAUAAUGUCUUAUAUACAGUUCGAGGGGUUUAAUAUAUAUGAUAAAAAAUUUCAUAAUCUUUGUCAAACAAUAUUAAAAAAAAUAAAAUCAAAAUAUUCGUUUUUAAAUAUAAUUCCAGAUUCAAAUUAUUUUAGUGAUGAUAUAUCGAAUUGGAAUUUAUUAGCUUUAGAUAAUGAUUAUCAGCCAGUAAUUCAUAUUCCAUGUAUUAAAGAUGGUAGAAUAAGUACAAUAAAAAUACAAGGGAAAGAUAUAAAUCUAGUAAAACACUUUAAAAAUAAUUUAUUGCAAGUAAUAAAAUAUAAAAUUGACCAAGAAAAGUUUAAUAAGUUUUUUGAUAAUUUUGAUUUUGUUAAAUUUGAAUAUUUCAACAAAAUUGGGGAUAUUGGUUUAAUUGAUAGUUCAAUUAUAUGUUAUGAAAUGAUAAAAGAUAAAUAUCGUAUUAUAAAUGAGUGCUUAGAUUGUGAUCAGAAUAAUAUGUGCAAUAAAUGUAACAAGAAAAUAAAACAAAAUCAAGAUUUAAAAGACAUUCUUAGCAAAUUUAAAAAGUUUAUAAAUGCCUUUUCAAAAAUUACCUCGGCUAAAGCAUGUGCAAUUAUGAUUUUGUAUAAUACACUUUCAAAGGAUACCAUUAGGGAUAUCAUUGGUAGAAUUACUAGUAAUACAU